CCUAGCAAGGUAGUCCACAGGUUAAAUAUAUCCCCCAAGUCUCAGUGUCGAAAUUACUGUAGUUGUAAAUAUACCUGGAUAGAUACGUUUGUGAUUUACUGCAAAAACGGCCAAGUGAAAUGUGAUUAAUUUCCGGGUUAAUUUCUACGUCUCCAAGUAAGGGUGCGAGGAAAUGCAAACGCUGCUCGAGAUUGGACUUGUGCUCCUUCUUCUUGCGGUCGAAGUGGUUCAAGCACAGCCGGAUCCAUUCACAACUACUAUAGACUGCUAUCGGUGCCUGGGGCCUUUGAGAAACAGCACGUGCGGGGAUCCCUUCGACGCCGAAAAGCUCCACCUUGGUGAGGAGGAGAGCGGUAUUCAGAUCAUAAAGUGCAAAAGAGGGGCGUGUCUAAAAUGGACGUAUUUUCACAAAGGUGAGCUGCUAAUCAGAAGAACGUGUUCGCUGGACGAAGAAGACCUCGUGUUUCACAUACCUCUGGUGGACGUGUGUAGAAGGGAGAGAGAUGGCAACGGGCGCCUCUGCAUGUGUUCCGGUGACUUGUGCAACGCCGCACGCCAAACUUCCGCUUCCGCUUCCUGGAGCCUGCUUAUAGCACUUGGCUCGGUAAUUCUUUCUGCGAAGUUGCUUCUCCUCAGCUGACACCUCUCUCCCUGGUUUGUUCAGUGUAAGUGACAUUGAAAUAUGAUUCAACCCAAGGCCUAUAGCAGUGCAUUGUCUGAAAUUACGAGAUCAAAAGACAAGCUGAUGGGCAGAUAUGAUAGAGAAAUGUACGCGAUUAAAAGGAAGGAAAGACAGCGUGGUUUUCAUUGGUGCUUCCGCCGGAUCUGCUGUUAUGGGCCUUUUAUGAAUCCGGGGAAAUGUCUGUAGACCUACUCAACGUAACAAAACUCCACCGACGAGAUGGGAACACAGGCAAGCUUCCAUGGUGUUUUAUUAUGUGAUUAAUUAUCUUUUUCUACUCUUUGUGGUCAAGGUCUCUCUAAUGUUUUUCCCCGUUUCUUCAUGCACCACAAAGUCUCAUGGGAAAUAUACACAGUUGCAUCCAUCAACAUUGAUGUUUUUUUUAAUUGCAGUUAUUAGCCUAUUGUUUUGCAUUGUUAGAACCAGUUAAAACAUUGUCAAACUGUAACAAAGUAUUACUAACAAGGAAUUGUUAUCAUAUGGGAGGCGCGCGCAGAAGCUCAAUACCCAAAGGGAAUGUUCUAUUAAAUAAAUUCUUUAAUCACGUUUAUCAUUAAAUUUAACGGCUAUAGGACCUAGAUACAUUGACAUAAUGAUGGAAGCACGGGAGAUAAAUUUUGCACGGAUUCGACCGACUAUUAUUUUUUAUCUAUCGUAGACUCACCGCUUUGGCGUCUUCAUGUUUGACUUUUUGUUGCCUUCCAGUGAUCCCAGAGGCUAACAUGUCAAUACCCAAUUUUGAUACGUGUUGCAUGAUGAAGUCUCAAUUAAGCCUUCUGGGGCCAUUCAAUAUUCCCACUUUGUCAAUAAAUGAUGACUGUAUUAUAUAAUAGCCAACAGAGGACGAUCUGUUUUUAAUGUGCCAGGAACAGCACUGUAUUUCUUCCCGUUGCCGAGCAAAUGACAAAAGAGAUGGGGGCGUUAAGGGGAAUUUUAGGCGGCCCCAUGUAGGCAUUUAGUAGCUUGUUGUUUCAAUUUAGUUUUUUUAAGAAGAAGGAGCAAAAUACUCAUUGUAUAUACGCUUGCUUAUCGCCAUUUAUAUAUCUGGCUAUCCAAACAGGUUAUCCUGGCAAAAUACCCAUAAUGCAUAUUAAAUAAUGCAAUUUAUUUUUACCUUUAAGCGCCAGUGGUAAUGAUAAAGGAAUGUUGCUAAUUUGAGUUGUAGUUCUAGGUAUUUGGCCUUCUUAAUGAAAAGCGUUAAUGUUUGUUUUGUUCUCAGAAUACACGUGGUGAGACACUUAUCUCUUUUAUAUAUAUAUAUAAUGUAAAAUGUGAUAGUUUCUGCAGCAUUUUAAAGCGGCUGAAUGUGGCAGGAGAUACACAUUGUCUACGCACCAAAUUAAGAAAAAUACUGAAGGAUUUUACAUUUCGUUUUAAAUGCUUAAAUACUCAUAUAAAACAGCAGUCGUGCUUAAAUCAAGUCGAUUGUAGCCAGAGAGUAGGUCGAUAGGAUAAGGUUUUUAGUACAUAAAUGAGGCGAAUACUGUAGACUUAAUAUG